CGUUCUCAGCUGCGCGUUGUUGGUCGUCUGUCGCGAAUCGAGUUGCAUAAAUUACAUAAUUAUUGCUUAUUUGUUAAUAAUAUUGUGAUUGUUGUUGUGCGUGCAGCGUGUCGUGUGUUAAUUGUUUAGAUCUUUGUAUAUAUAACAAAUUAAAAUGCUGAAAUAUUUGUGCAUUGUGGCCGCUCUCAUGCAGCCGAUCUGCUUCACACAGGCCGAAACGCCUGCGUACAUUAAACAAUGCCGUCGCGACGAUCCCAAGCUCGUGGACUGCUUCAGUGCUUCCCUGGAGCACCUGAAGCCCUAUCUGGCCAGCGGCAUACCAGAGAUAGAGCUGCCGUCAGUGGAGCCCUUCAAGAUGGACACGCUGGCUCUGCAGCUGACCGAGGGACCGCAGGGCUAUAAGAUCACGCUGAAGAACAUGGAGGCCUUUGGAGCCAGCAACUUUGAGGUGAAAUCGUUAAAGCUCGGCGAGAAUGGCGGUGAGCCCUUCAAGGCGCGCAUUUUCAUGCCAAAGCUGAAGAUCGAGGCCAACUACACCAGCGCCGGCGUCCUGCUGAUCAUACCCGCCUCCGGCGGUGGCGAUUUCCAUGCCGUAUUCAAUGGCGUCACCGCCGAUCUUACCGGCAAGACGUCCGCACGCGGCAAGUAUUUGCACGUGGACUCGCUCAGCAUAGUCCUGGACGUGGACAAGGUCACCAUGAGCAUCUCGCGCGCUUUCAACAACAAUCGUAUUCUACUGGAGGCUACCAAUCUCUUCCUGCGCGACAACUCACAAAUUGUCCUGGAGGCCAUGCAAGCGCAGCUGCAGAAGAAGUUGGCCAACGAAUUUGGCAAACUGGCCAAUCAGCUGCUCAAAAACGUUCCUAUCGACCAGUUUUACGAGAAUUAGUCAACCUAGGAUAAGGACUCUUAAGUCUUAAGUUUUAAUUACUUGUUAAAUACUAGUUAUUGAUAUGAACAAAGUAUUAAACAAUUUCCUU